AUGAAAGCUGAUGGGCUGGUUGCAAUGAGCACGGUUGCAGGAUCGUUUCUCCGUUCCAAGAUGGCUACUCCUGCUCCGGCUUUGAAGUCAAGGUUCUUUAGAGGGCACCGAGCAGCAUAUGGUGGUGCUGUAAAUAUUGCCGUAGAUAGGGACGAAAGGAGAGAACAUGGAUUAGGAACAAAAUCCGGACCUCUUCUGUCUACAGCUGCUUACUGUGUUUCUUCCUGCAGCAUGAUUCUUCUAAAGAAAGUUGUUCUGUCAAGUUAUAAUUUCAAAGUUGGAAUAUCAUUGAUGUUUUAUCAAAUCAAGUGGAGUGCGUUUGCUGCAAAUUUCUCGUCUUCACUUCCAGCAAGUCGUCAAGNUGUUGGACAAUUAAGAGAGGUGUCAAAUAAAACACACAAUGCAGAAUUGAAGUUGUUCUUGGAAAUAGAGUUUGGGCUGGAUUUACGACCUAUUCCUCCACCUGACAAAUCUAAAGAAGACAUUCUGCUUUUCUUCAAGCUUUAUGAUCCUGAGAAAGGGGAACUCCGAUAUGUUGGUAGGCUCUUCGUCAAGAGUUCCACUAAGCCAAUGGAAAUUUUAGGGAAGCUGAAUAAAAUGGCUGGUUUUAAUCCAGAUGAAGAAAUAGAACUGUAUGAGGAAAUUAAAUUUGAUCCUUGUGUUAUGUGUGAACACCUUGAUAAGAGGACAUCUUUCCGGUUAAGUCAGAUUGAAGAUGGGGAUAUCAUUUGCUUCCAAAAAUCUCCUCCCCUUGAAAGUGAAGGAGAAUGUCGAUAUCCAGAUGUGCCUUCAUUUUUGGAAUAUGUGCAUAAUCGGCAGAUUGUUCGUUUUCGAUCGCUGGAUAGGCCCAAAGAGGAUGAUUUUUGUCUAGAGUNAAGGCUGUGUAAAUAG